UAGAAACCAUCAGACCCAUUCUCAUCACCUUCAUCAAGUCCCUCCUCUUCCUCCUGUGCCUCUCUCCCAUUCUCCGGCUCAGCAUCUCUCCUCCUCCCCUCCAGCGUACCUGACCCAGCCCCGGCAAACCAUCGAAGUCCUGCGAAGGAGAGGAUGUGCAUCUGCGCCUAGUGGAUACCCUGUUCUUUUCUUCUGCGAGACAGACCACUGUUUGAAGAGCGGAAGAUCUGGGCAAGGAAAGAUGCCGCUGUGGGGGUUUGCGGGUCUGAAGGAGAAGGUGCUUAAUCCAGGGAAGGAGGAGUUGAAGAGCAAUGUUGGUGACUCUAUGGGGAACUUACAGAAGAAAAUUGAUGGGACCAAUGUGUCUGAGGAGGACAAUAUCGAGCUGACAGAAGAUGGUCGGCCAGUGGCAGCGCCUAAACACAACCCACCCCUGUUGGAUUGUGGUUGCUUCGGACUUCCAAAACGUUACAUUAUCGCCAUGCUCAGCGGAUUUGGCUUCUGCAUCUCAUUUGGCAUCCGCUGCAACCUGGGCGUGGCCAUCGUAGAAAUGGUCAACAAUAACACUGUCUACAUCAACGGGACUGCCGUAAUGCAGCCAGCUCAGUUCAAUUGGGAUCCAGAGACAGUGGGUUUAAUACACGGCUCAUUCUUCUGGGGCUACAUUGUCACUCAAAUCCCUGGAGGUUUCAUCUCCAAUAAACUAGCUGCUAACAGGGUCUUUGGGGCAGCAAUUUUCUUGACAUCAGUGCUAAACAUGUUUAUUCCAUCAGCUGCCAGGGUCCAUUACGGCUGUGUGCUGUUUGUGCGCAUCUUACAAGGACUAGUGGAGGGUGUCACAUAUCCAGCUUGCCAUGGUAUGUGGAGCAAAUGGGCUCCUCCGCUGGAGAGAAGCCGUCUGGCCACUACCUCUUUCUGUGGAUCUUAUGCAGGGGCUGUAAUAGCCAUGCCACUGGCUGGAAUAUUAGUGCAGUAUGUGGGCUGGCCCUCUGUCUUCUAUAUAUACGGUGUGUUUGGCAUUAUAUGGUAUACCUUCUGGCUCCUGCUCGCUUAUAACAGCCCAGCUGCACAUCCCACCAUCAGUGAGGAAGAAAGACUGUACAUAGAGACCUCGAUUGGGGAGGGAGCCAAUCUAAUGAGUGCUACUGAGAAAUUCAAAACUCCUUGGCGUGAAUUCUUCACAUCUAUGCCUGUCUAUGCCAUUAUUGUGGCAAACUUCUGUCGUAGCUGGACCUUUUACCUCCUGCUCAUUAGUCAGCCAGCUUAUUUUGAAGAGGUCUUUGGCUUCCCCAUCAGCAAGGUGGGCAUUUUGUCAGCUGUGCCCCACAUGGUGAUGACGAUCAUUGUGCCGAUUGGAGGCCAGCUGGCUGAUUUCCUGAGGAGUCGGAAAAUCCUCUCUACCACAAAUGUGCGCAAAAUCAUGAACUGUGGAGGUUUUGGCAUGGAGGCCACACUGUUGCUGGUGGUGGGGUUCUCUCACACACGUGCUAUGGCCAUCUCAUUUCUCAUUCUGGCUGUGGGCUUCAGUGGAUUUGCGAUAUCAGGUUUCAAUGUAAACCAUCUGGACAUAGCUCCACGAUAUGCCAGUAUUCUCAUGGGCAUCUCCAAUGGAGUGGGAACCCUGUCUGGUAUGGUAUGCCCCCUCAUCGUUGGAGCGCUCACCAAACACAAGACUCGUCUGGAGUGGCAGAAUGUUUUUGUGAUCGCGUCCAUGGUGCAUUACUCGGGUGUGAUCUUCUACGCCAUCUUCGCCUCCGGUGAGAAGCAGGACUGGGCCGAUCCUGAGAGCACCAGCGAUGAUAAAUGUGGCAUCAUUGGAGAAGACGAGCUGGCUGAUGAGACAGAGCCAGGCAGUGAUAGUGCCCUGGCAAUCAGAAAGAAGUCUUACGGUACCACAGACAAUUCCACAGGCCGCAAGCAAGGCUGGAAGAAGAAGAGGGGGGUCACCAUGCAAGACGAUGAGGAUCAUGGCUCGAAUCAUUAUGAAAACGGGGAGUAUCAAAACUAGUUUCAAUGACAUUCUGUCAGUGAAAGCCCAGGACUGCUCUCUCACCCAAAGAGUGAUGUGUUUAUUUGACUGCAGAGGUCAGCCCACCCUGGGACCACAACAUUUCUUUUAACAUGUGACACAACAGCAUAUGUUUUGGAUGGCGUCCUUUGAUUUCACCCUGCUGAAUGAACGGUUUACAUGGGGAUUGUCAAUGUUUUGUGAGUUGUUUUAAAAUGGAGAUCUUUAGCCUGAAACAGGGUUGACAAAUUUGCAUAACAAAACCAGCCCAAAUACCAAAACUAUACAGGCAUUGGUAUGCACAACACACAAGUUCUUCUUAAAAAUCAUUGUAUAGUACCAUAAAAACGGUGUAUAUUCAUAUUCAUCUUACCUUUCAUAUUAACUAAAAAAUGACAGCUGAUUAACAAAAUCCUUCCUUAUUUAACCUGUAGCAACAGUAUAAAAGUGGCCCAAAUCCCCGGGCAAACCGUGGACUUGGCAACCCUGACCUUAAACAUUCAACUUAUUUUUUAUGAAUUAUUAACAAAAGAAAAGAACAUACAGUGGCCCCAAAAUUAUUGAAAAACAUUUUAAUCGUUUCGCAGAGCAACUGCAAAUAAAUUUAACUAGAACUUAACUUCCUCUUUACGCUUUUGUUGAUCAUUUUUUGCUAUUUCAUCCAAUAUUUAAUCUGAAUUUGACAACUAGUUAAUAUAGAACAGGAAGUAUUGAAAUGCCUUCAUUUUGAACAGUGUGGCCUAUGUCUUGUUUUAAAAUUAAAAUCUGAUGUUUUUUGUAAAAUAUUUUACUUAAAAAACAUGCUUGUUCUUUCUGGUUUUAAGUAAAUGCCACCUGGUUUGUCAUUGUGUAUUUAUUAUGACAAAUAUAUUUUUAAGUGUGUCUUAAAUACUUUUUGGGGCCACUGUAAUUGUCAACUGAGCAAGAAUGGAAAUAUUAAGUGCAUUACAAAGCUUUAAAGCAAACAGAAUUUGCCAGGAUUCAUUCCAAUUUAAUUUGUUGCAAAGUCGAGUUGUACUUUAAGAACUAAGGGUGACAGCAGCUAGAAUAUGCAUGAGUUUGUUUUUAUUUUCAUGUUAUGCUAUCAUUGUUGUCGGCUAUGCAAAGAAAAAGGUGUAUAGUGCUUUAACAGUUUAGCAACUCUGAAUCUUUUUCUUUUUUUUAAACACUCCAUAUGUCUGUGCAAUUGAAGAAGUGUCCCAGAUCUGGCUUUAAAUAUCGCAGAAAAUCAUGUUAAUGAUGGUGUAGUCUGAAAAAAGUGUUUUAUAUUUUUAUUUAGUGAAAUGCCUCCGAAAAUACAUGUAAACCUUUAAUACCUUAUGGUUUAGUAUAUACCGUUUACAUAAUCUUAAUGCAGGAGGGUAUUUAUCGUUUGGUUGAUGACAUAGAAAUUAAACAGUUUAAUACUAAUGAUGUAACAUUACACAAAAACAAUCCACAAUGUGCCUGAUUGUUUUUUUGCAGAGGACCUGUAAUGACAAAGACAUUUCAUUGCUAACGUGUAAGCCGAGAUGAUCGUUUGAAACGUGCACUUUACCAUUGCAUCACUGUAACUGAUAAUGUCUAUUUAAAUGUUUAUUUGGAGGAUAAUAAAAAUGCUUUUAAUGAAGCU